CCUCUGCUCCUCCUCCCACUGCAUUUCUUCUUGACUGACUCCUGCUUCUGCCGCCUCUACUACAACCAACCAAUCAAAAUCAAUGGACCUGCACCACGCCGGACGCUCGGCCCCGCCGCACGAGGCGGCGCUCAGGGCGGUGCAGAAGCCGCCGUCCAAGCCUUGGCGCGGGGCUCCGUCGUCAGGGCCGCCGCCGCCGCCCAAGGUGUACCGCGUCGAGCCGAGGGAGUUCAGGGAGCUCGUCCAGAGGCUCACCGGCGCCCCGGCGCCCCCGCCGCCCCGGCAGGCCCAGUCCGUGUCCGUCGCGCCGAUGCAGCCACUGCCCUUGCGCCCCGGUGCCGAGGAGGCGCAGCUCUACGCGCCGUGGUGCGGCUUCCCCAUGCCCAUGGCCGAGCCGCUCGACGCCGCCCAUGGCGCCCUCAUAUGAGAAGACGCCCUAGGCCCUAGCCAUGUCGCCGGCGCAAGGAAAAAUCAAUCCUUUUUUCCUUCAGAAAUUCAGUUUAGUUUGAUUAGUUGGGAAUGAUACAGCCAGAAGUACAUACAUAUAUUACUAGUUUCUGCUCUCUCUCUCUCUCUCUCUGUAAGUGUAAUAAUAACUCUUGUAAAGGAAGAAGACUGAUAUUAGAGUUCAAAUCAACGAACACGUGCUUGUGAUGAACAAA